GACAGGAGACAGGGCACGGUUGGUGUUAGGUGACAUCAAAUGAAACAACAAUUUCAAACAAUACGGCAAGUGAAAAGCAAAAGCAAAGCAACCGCAACUUAAUGUGUAACACAGUCCUAAAAAGAAAAGAAGCAAAAAAAAACAUUAAAAAACUCCGACUACAUCCCACUCCAGUAAACCCUUCCACACCACCUUCCCCUACCCACGACCCUCGUGCCAUCCCCAAACCUCUCUUCCACUCCGCCACCCGCAAAGCAAGUUGUCCUCUUUCCACGUAAAUAACGUAUGAUACAAGCUAAAAGUAUUGGCAUAAAUUUUGAAUUGUUUUACAAGUCUCGUUACAGGUAAUAGUAAAAUACAGUAGCUAACUCUUGUUAAUAGAACAAUAUAUAUGAUACGAAAAACCAAAAUAACAAAAUGGUCAAUGCGCAAGCAAAUGAUGUGAUUUAUUUUUGUAUUUGCCCAAAAUAAAGUAAACAAGGGAGGAAGCAAAAAAAAAACAACCCAAGGCCCAUCAAAGAUGCCAAUGAUAAAUGAGUGUUGGAGGAGAAUGGGGGAGGUAUUGACUGCAUAAAUCCAAUCCAAUAUAACAAAAAAAAAACCACAAAGCAUACUACUGGUAUCGAAUGUCCUAAGAAUACUUGAUGUUAUAGAAGAACGAGGGAUUAUGAUGCGACUUAGGGAGAAAAAGGGAACAACAUAUUCAUAUGAAAUGAAAGGUAAAGCAACAAGCAAGCAAGCUUUAAACUGGCACACCAUUGCCACACCGGUGGCCAGACCGGUGGUGGGGAGUCAAGAUGUGGGACUGGUCGCGAAGUCGCAUGUCUCCAGUGAUUUUGAUUGAUGCUAUUUAUUGCUCACUUGCAGCGAACAUUAGAUUGACUUUUAAUGUUUUGUUUUGUUUUGUUUGUUUAAAAAUAAUGCAUACCGAACAUCACGGAACAUUUAACCAUUCAAAAAAGUGGCUGCGAAGUAGUGAUUCAAUUGCAUUUAACAAACCAACCAUGCGCGCUAAGCUGAUUUGAUUUCAAACAUGGAUAAAUGUGCCAAUCAGGUUUUCGAGACUAGCUUUUGGCGCUUAUUUUCUUUGUGUGUAGAGCAUUCGUUUCGAGCAUGACGAACCAUCGUAAUGACGCAAAGAGCGACUACGUUUGAUUGGUAUGGUGGCCCCAGAGGAACUGCUCUAAAGAGCUGUGCAGCUCGGGAUCGCUUGGUAGUCCUCGUCCCUAGUCACCCCCGUCUUUCCUUUCCUCUUCUCCGCCUCCAACAACCCCAACUUUCCACUGACAACAAACUAACCUUCAACGAGCGGCGAGGGUUGCUGGUUUGCCCUUUUUUUAUAUUAAUUUACACAUCCCCAUAGCUGCAUGUACUAGCGAAGCCUACGUAACACUGAUCAAAUGAUUGAUGCCAUUGUUAAGAAUAUAAAUCGGUAUAAAGCAUACAAAACAUGUUGGAUGGUUAACAUAUUGAAAGUCAGUAAACAUAUAACUAGGAAACGAAGCCAAAAAUGAAAACAAACAAACGAACGAACGAACGAACAAAACAAAACAAAACAAUGAGAAAAACGGAAACUCUGCAUAAACGCAUCGGUGAAUAAUACAAACGCAUCAUAACAAACCACA